AUGGUUAGGCCUGCUGAGCCAACAUGGAAUGGGCGUCUCUCCUUAUCAGAAUGGGAUCAAACUGGUACAAUUACUCAUGUACCAACCAUCUACUUCUACAGACCUUCACAGGAUUGGCAUACACCCGGUGGUACCAUGAUCAAAGUUCUCAGAGACUCAUUGUGCCAGACAUUGGUGCAUUUUUAUCCAUUAGCUGGUCGUUUGCACUGGAUCGAUGGGGGACGAUUGGAGCUCGCGUGCAAUGCAAUGGGUGUUCAGCUCAUCGAAGCUGUGUCCGAAGCCAAAUUAGAUGACCUUGGUGAUUUUUCUCCAUCUCCUGAGUUCGACUACCUUAUCCCUUCCAUAGACUACACAACCCCAAUCCAAGAACUGCCACUGGUCUUAGUUCAGUUCACUGAGUUCUCAUGCGGAGGCGUUAGUCUCAGCUUGACAAUUUCACAUGGAAUUGCUGAUGGACAAAGUGCACAUCACUUCAUCGUUGAUUGGGCAAGGCUUGCUCGUGGCGAGCCAUUAAGCUCACCACCUUUUCUCGAUCGAAAGGCAUUGCGAGCUGGAUAUCCUCCUAGGGAAGCCCCAUGUUUCGAGCACACACAAUUCAAUCAACCACCACUUAUAAUAGGCGAAUCAAGCACAGAAAACGAGCGAAAGAAGUUGACUACAGUGGCCAUGUUGAAACUAACUAAAAGCCAAGUUGAGACAUUAAAAGACACUGCUAAUGAAGCUAGUCAAGGGAGUUGUCAUGUUCGAACUGGUGAACAUUGUCAUGGCCGUUCCUACACCCGCUAUGAGGUCAUAACCGCACAUAUAUGGAGGUGUGCGUGCAAGGCGCGCGGACAUAGAAGUGAGCAGCCAACUAGAUUGGGUGUUUGUGUUGAUAUACGCCAACGUAUGCAACCACCAUUGCCUCAAAAGUACUUUGGCAAUGCAAUAAUCGAUGUGAUUGCAACUGGAUACUCGGGCGAGUUGAUUUUGAAACCAUUAAGCUAUGCUGCAAGUAAAAUUAGAGAAGCAAUUGAGCAGGUGACCGAUGAAUAUGUGCACUCGGCCAUUGAUUUUUUGAAAAGACAAAAGGACUUGUCUCAAUUCCAAGACCUCCAUGCAAUAAGAAGCAACCAAGGACCAUUCUAUGGGAAUCCUAACCUCGGGGUCAUAAGCUGGUUGACUCUACCCAUGUAUGGCUUGGAUUUUGGGUGGGGAAAAGAAAUUUACACGGGCCCUGGAACUCAUGAUUGUGACGGUGACACUUUGAUCCUCCCGGGUAAUGAUUGUGAUGGAUCUUUGACUGUUGCAAUAUGUUUUCAAGCAGACAACAUACAAACGUUUAAGAAAUUUUUCUACGAAGAUAUCGAACAGCAGGAUUGCAAAACUAGUCACUUGAGAGAGUAA